ACACUUUAUCAAUUAAGCUGUAUUGAAUCAUUAAGUCUAUCAUAGUUUGCUUUGUUAAUUUGAGUACUGUAUAUCAAACACGAAUACGAGAGCGAUGGCAGAAGCGGUGAUGGAUUCACAUUCACUCGUCAACGCAACAAAUGAGUCUGAAUUACAAAAUGAGAUUAUUACUGUUGAAGGAGGAAACGAAGCAUCGACUGACCAAAGAAGUGCUGAAAGUCAGCAGCCUGACGUGGAUAAAAAUGCAUUGCUUGCUGUACUUCAGUUCUUAAAAAAAUAUAACCUUCAGGAAACAGAGGGUAUUUUACGCAAAGAAACCAAGUUACUAGAUGACCAUUUACCUACAUCUUCACAAUCCAGUUCAGAUGUGACAAGUGUAUUGUCCUCAUUUAAAAGUGAAGGAGAUCCAGAUAUAUAUGAAGAUGCAUACACAGUUUUGAAAAAAUUAGUUGAAUCAUCACUAGACACUUACAAGUAUGAAUUAUCUAUGAUUCUGUACCCAGUUUUUGUACGGAUGUACCUUGAACUGGUAUAUAAUGACCAUGAAAUACAAGCUGUUGGUUUUAUGGCAAAAUUUGGACCAGAACAAGAAGAGUAUUACCAAGAUGACAUUCAGAAAUUAGCCUCAGUUACCAAAAAAGACCACAUGAAACGAAAUGAACUUAUGGAUAAUUUCAAGUCAGAACAAUUCACAUUGAGAAUGUCCAGAGACACAUACAAUUAUUUAAAGAGACAGUUGCAAAACAGAAAAAACAGUCUUCUCCACAAUAUAAUACAAGAACAUCUGUAUUUUGAUGUUUACGAAGGCAUGGCCAGAAAUAAACAACAAGUAGAUGCUACGGCUGGAGCAGUUUUAGGUGAAGCUACAAGACAAGCAAACAACACAAAAGUAUACUAUGGUCUUCUAAAAGAACCUGAGCUACCUUUACCUGUUGAUGAUGAAGAAGAGUCUGGUGAAGGAGAAGAUAAACCGAAGAAAAAGAAACCUAAAAAGGAUCCUAUGCUGUCUAAGAAGGCCCGAAAUGACCCUAAUGCUCCUCCAAAUAACAGGAUUCCUUUACCGGAAUUGAGAGAUGCUGACAAAUUGGACAAGUCCAAUGCUCUACGAGAAGCCAAGAAGGGACUAAAACUUGGGACUGAAAUAUUACCCUCUGUUUGUUUCUAUACUUUGCUAAACUCUCAUCUAGGAGUUACAUGUGUGGAGAUAGCUGAAGACUCUAGUCUUUUGGCAGCUGGAUUUGUUGAUGCAGCUGUUCGUGUCUGGUCCAUAACUCCCAACUCUCUGAAGGCCAUGAAACCAGCUUCAGAACUUGAACAGACAGACAAAGAAGCAGAUGACGUGUUGUACAGGAUGAUGGAUGAAUCCAAUGCAACAAACAUGAGAUUGCUCCUAGGACACAAUGGUCCUGUAUACUCUACCAGUUUCAGCCCUGAUAGGAAUCUUCUCCUUUCAUGCUCUGAGGAUGGUACAAUUCGAUUGUGGAGUCUACUAACAUGGACCAACGUUGUUUGUUAUAAAGGUCAUUGUUUUCCUGUGUGGGAUGUUCAGUUCAGCCCCCAUGGUUAUUAUUUUGCAUCCUGCGGUCAUGACAGAACAGCAAGGUUGUGGGCGACUGACUCUCAUCAGCCUUUAAGGGUUUUUGCUGGACAUGUUUGUGAUGUUGAUUGUGUACAGUUCCAUCCCAACUCUAACUACAUUGCCACUGGGUCCAGUGACAGAACUGUACGGUUAUGGGAUGUUUCUAAUGGUAAUUGCGUCCGCUAUAUGACAGGACACAAGGGAAGAAUCUACACACUGGUUUUCUCCAAUUGUGGACGAUUCCUUGCUUCAGCAGGUGGUGACAAGAAGAUACUAGUUUGGGAUAUAGCUACUGGACACCUAGUGGCAGAAUUAAACAACCAUUCAGAAGCUUUGUAUUCGCUUUGUUUUAGUCGAGAUGGGACAAUUCUCGCAUCAGGAGGCUUAGACUAUUGUGUAAAGCUUUGGGAUUUUACCAAACUGAGUGAAGAACUGGAUUUGGAAGAUUUAAACAUAUCCCAUACACCUAAUGUCAAGACAAACACAGAGAGCUAUCUGUUAGGCAGUUACAGGACUAAAUCUACUUCAGUUUUAUCACUUCACUUCACCAGAAGAAAUCUCCUCCUGGGAACAGGCAUGUACCAGGGUUAACAUAAGUUUCAGGCUUCGAGAGGACUGUCUUCCCAUUCAUUUCAUCUCGCUUCAGAAAAAACUUGCUUCUGGCAGCAAGCAAGUACUGGUUAAUAUAGUGCCAUUUCUAGGCACGUACAUUUGCUGAACAACUACACCACUGUCUUCGGUAGAAGUGUUUUGGCAAAGUUAUAUAACAAAGUUCACAUUAUAUGAGAGCCACUUUUCAGACACGUUUCAUGACUAUUUUAUGUUGUCAUUUUUAUUUAGAUAUCAUAAUUUUGUAAAAGAAACAUACAUAUUUAUUGCAAUGAAAAAUCAAACCAAGUUUCAAUCUCAUUAUAUUUGUUAGAAAGAAAUGUGCCAUUACCUGCAAUGAUAAACUUCAAACUUGUUGAUUUUUUAAUAACUCCUUUUUUUCCUUAAUAUGAACAAAAUAAUUUUUUUCUGAAACUGAAAUAAUGAUUUUUUUUACAUUUUCAAACAAAUUUCCCACUCGAUGUAAUGACCUUAGUGGUAUGAAAUACUACAUUAGAUUUUGGAGAUCAGUGAGGAUGUAUACAGUUUAAAGUAUAGUUUCAUUGUUUUUAUACAUUUUAUGCUAUGAAUGUAUUAGUUCUUUUCAUUUUUUUAAAGAAAUCAUAACAAUUUUAAGUCUAUAACAAGAACACUUUACUGGUGUCCAUUAGAAACAAAUAAUUAAAAUAUUGUGCCUGUAAAAUUUAUACAUCUAGUAUAUAUUAAUACCUACUGUUUUCUAACUGUCAUAAAUUCACAUAGAAGAUCAGCUCCUAUUUUCAAUCAUCUAACAACUAACAGAAAAUUUUGUGUUUCCUUUACUACAGCUUCUCAGCAGAUUUCAGGUACACUAACAAGUAUCAUGCCUAACAUUGUAAACUCAUUGGUUCUAAGUUGAUAAAAAGUUUAGAAAAAACAACCUUUAUAUUCCAGAUAUAUAUAUAUAUAAAAGAAUUUUUUACUUUAACCAACUUUCUGCCUUUGCAGAUUCAUCAGGGUUAAUAUACACAACUGGUUUGUUCUAGUUUGCAUCUGUUGGAAUUCCACGUACUAUUUUGUUUUUGUUUCAGCUUAAAUUUAUCAUUAAAUUAUCAAUGUUUCCAUUCUUAGAACAUAGGAGUGCUAACAUCCAAUUAAAAAAUAAUCAUUUUCUGUACAUUCAACAUUUUAUGUUUGUUGUCAGUAUAAGAAGCAAACAGAAACUUGCACUUUAUUAUUAACAUGUUUAAAUGUCCUUGUGUGUCAGUAGUUUUACUAAGUGCAAAUUAGUUAGGCCAUAAUUAUUUAAAGCGAUUUUCUAAUAGGUUAUUUUGAUCCACCAAGAGAUGAAUAAAUUAUUUUCAUUUAAAGAAGAAAAGGAUAAUAAACAUUUCACUUGAAGUGAAUGACAGUGAAUCAAUGAAAGUUGAAUGUGGUUACAAAAUUGGAAAAACCCUUUUGACCUCACCACUUUUCUUGAGCUUUCAGUUGGAAGUUUUAAGAACUAAUGAAUAUUCUUAUGUAGUAUUAACGAUAGCCAAAACGUGUUUUGUUUAUAUAACAGUGAGUACUCCAGACUUCCAUAUACUCGGUUUAGUAAAAUAGUCACCUAAAACUGCAAAACAAGAAGACGAUCCCAAAACAGACAUUCUUUAUCUGUUGUUUGUGUAACAAUAAAACCAAGCUGUAUAAGUCAAAAAGA